CGCCGUGAUGGAGGACGAGCACCAGGCGGACGUGGUGGCGGGGUGCAGCGCCGUGGCGCCGCUCGUCAGCCUGCUGGAGGGCGACCGCCAUGGGCUGCAUGCAGCGGCCAGCAGUGCGCUCUUCAAGCUGGCGAGGGACCGGCGGCAGUGCAAGCUGGACAUGGCGGGCGCAGGGGUCAUCGAGCGCAUCAUUGCCAUCUUCCCUUCGGCGCCCAUCGCGCUGUGCUCGCUGUUCGCCGAGCUGCUGCGCGUACUCACCAACAACUCCACCGUCGCCAAGGGCGCCGCUGCUGCACGCCUCGUGGGCCCCGUGUUCGCCAUGCUGCGCCAGGCGGAGCUGUCCCCCGCUGCACAGACCAGUGCGCUGCAGGCGCUGGUGAACGUGCUGGAGAAGCCUGGGCGCCUGGAGGCCCUGGAGCUGGCCCCGUGCGACGCCAUGGAGCCGCUGGUGCCACUGCUGCUGUCGCCCUCGCUGGUGGUGGCGCAACUGGCGGCGGGGCUGCUGGCGCACGUGCUGUCGCUGGAGGCCUUCCAGAGCGAUGGCAUCACGGCCGCUGCAGCAGCGCCGCUGGUGCGGCUGCUGGGCAGCGAGCUGGAGUCGCUGCGCACGGAGGCGCUCAAGGCACUGGAGCUCGUGUCCGCGUGCUGGCCGGGCGCCAUCGUGGAGGCGGGCGGCAUCGACGAGCUCUCAAGGCUCGUGGCCACGGCACCGCACCCCAUGUGGCAGAUGGCGGCGACGGUGCUGGCCAACGUGCUGCGCGCGCACGACAAGUGUGCGGCGCAAGUGCCUGUGCCCGUGCUGGUGCGCCUGCUCAUGGCCAACACCGAGCCCGUGCAGGUGGUGGCGCUCUCCGCCCUGCUGGCGUUGGAGCGCGAGGACCCGUCGCGCGGGGACGAGAUGGCGCGCAUGGGUGUGGUGGACGCGCUGCUGGAGCUGCUGCGCUGCCACCAGGUGGAGGAGGCGGCGGCGCGCCUGCUGGAGGCCAUCUUCAACAACGCGCGCGUGCGCGACUCGCAGACGGCGCUGCGCUCCAUUGCGCCGCUGGCAUCGUACCUGCUGGACCCCAACUCCCUCGACCCCAACGCCAAGCUGCUGGCGGCGCUGGCGCUGGGCGACCUCUUCCAGGAGACCAGCGUGGCGCUCAAAACCGUGGACCUCACGGGCGCGUGCCGCGCGCUGGUGGCGCUGAUGGCGGAGCGGGCGAGCGAGGACCUGGUGAUGGUGGCGCUGUGCGGGCUGCAGAAUCUGGUGGCCAGCUCCCGGUCCAACAAGCGCGCCGUGGCGGACGCGGGCGGCUUCGCGGUGCUGGUGGAGCUGCUGACGGGCGGGUCGGCGGAGGUGAUGUCGCAGGCGGCGAACCUGGUGCGGCUGAUGCUGAACAACCACACGGUGCAGGAGUACGCGACGCCGGAGCUGGUGUCGGCCAUGACGGGCGUGGUGGAGCGCGAGCUGUGGAAGACGGCCAGCGUGAACGAGGAGGUGCUGCAGGCCAUCGAGGGGCUGCUCGCCACCUUCUCGCGCCUGCGCUUCAGCGAGUGCGCCACGGCCGCCAUCCCGGUGCUGGUGGGCGCCAUGAAGGUGGGCAGCGAGGUGGCGCAGGAGACGGCGCUGAACGUGCUGUGGCUGCUGCGGCAGGGGUGGGCGCAGAGCAAGGAGAUGGCGCGCCUGCAGUCCAUCGCCAUGGGCGACACCAUCCCCGUGCUGCAGCUCAUGCUGCGCUCAGGGCCCAUCAACCUCUACGAGAAGGCCGAGACGCUGCUCUCCGUGCUGCCCGGCAGCCUGUCGGUGUGCGUGAAGCGCGGGGCGAACCUCAAGGCGUCCAUGGGCGCCACCAACGCGUACUGCAAGGUCACUCUGGGGGACACGCCCGCCAAAGUCACCAAGGUGGUGAGCGCCACGAGUGACCCCGAGUGGAAGCAGACAUUCACGUGGCCGCUGGACGCCCCUCCUCGAGGCCAGAACCUCCACAUCUCGUGCAAGAACAAGGGCACUAUUGGCACGAGCUCCCUGGGCAAGGCGACGAUUCAGAUCGACCGGGUGGUGGCGCUGGGAAUGGUGUCGGGGACGUACGUGCUGCAGCCAGAGGGCAACCGGGACGGCACCCAGCGCACCAUCGAGGUCGACUUCAUGUGGUCCAACCGCUGAUAAACUUCCAUCCACCUGCUGAUGAUGGUGGACCUCAUAUGGUCCAAUCAUUGAUCGCCUGGGGUGCGCUUGAGCAGCACAUGCUCUCAGUGCACCAUGGCCCAUCUUCUACUGUGGUCACGUGUCCUGCUCGCCCUAUUGCGGGGAAUCUUCCUCAAGGAACACACCCCGCACUGAGUCACAGCCACUCCUCUUUGCACUGCCACAAAUGGCUCGCUGGUUCCAAAAACACUACUCUGGCUGGAUGGAGGCAGCUCCCACUCAUGCACGUUGCUCCGUGGCGCUAUACUGCCAUGCAUGCCACACUAGCUGCUGCCAUAAGGGCUCAGCUUGAACUACCAUCAACAGCAUCAGCCAUGUGACUCCUGCUGCCACACCCUAUACCCAGCCUGCUUGCCUUGCAGUCCAAGCAAUUGGGGGCUCCAAGCUUCAGAUCAUAAGACACUGCAGUCUAGCUAGUAGUGUCUACUGUAGGCACCCUUUAGGGCUAGCAUGUGUGGUGUACAUACUGCACAUGAAAGAGCCGUCAGUGGAUAGCAUCAGCCACUAGUCAAGAUUCCAUGAACACCCCUCUCCACUGCGUCCUUGCCUCCUGUUAGCCGUGAAAGUGAGCCCCAUGCGGAACUGUUGAAAUU